UCUUUUAUGUUUUGAUCAGCUGACCUGCAGCUCCUCCGUCACAUGACUGCAUCCGUUUCCUCUGUUUCUACUGGUUUCUACAGACUCUGCUGGACUCUGCUGGUUGUGUGAAGCCGGGUGGGAACAUGCCGUCCAACAGAUCAGUGUCAGACGCUCCCAUAACUCAGUUCAUCAACUGCAGGAUACUGAGAGACCACCGGCUGCAGAGGGAGGACCUGUGGGUGCGUGAAGGAAAGAUUUUAGAUCCAGAGAAGUUGUUCUUUGAUGAGCAGGGUUAUGCUGACCAGCGAGUGAACUGUGAAGGCUGCAUCAUCGCCCCAGGAUUCAUAGACGUCCAGAUCAACGGAGGAUAUGGCAUCGACUUCUCUCAGGCCUCUGAUGACAUCAGCGCUGGAGUUUCCAUCGUGGCCAAAAAGAUCCUGGAACAUGGCGUCACGUCUUUCUGUCCCACUCUGGUCACGUCUCCGCCUGCCGUCUACCACAAGGUUCUGCCUCAGAUCAAAGUUCACAAUGGAGGGCAGCACGGGGCUGGAGUUCUCGGUGUUCAUCUGGAGGGUCCGUUCAUCAGUUUUGAGAAGAAAGGAGCCCACCCGGAGCAGUAUCUCCGCACCUUCCAGUCUGGAGGGAUAAAGGACGUGCUGGAGGCCUACGGCAGCAUGGACAAUGUUGCCAUGGUGACACUGGCUCCUGAGCUGCCCAGCAGCCAAUCAGUGGUGAGGGAGCUCUGCCAGAGGGGCAUCACUGUGUCGCUAGGUCACUCUGUGGCCAACCUGUCCCAAGCUGAGGAGGCUGUUCAGCACGGAGCGUCCUUCAUCACUCACCUCUUCAACGCCAUGCUGCCUUUCCACCAUCGGGACCCUGGUAUAGUGGGUCUGCUGACCAGUGACCAGGUUCCUGCAGGCAGGACCGUCUACUAUGGGAUGAUCGCUGACGGGAUCCACACUAACCCCGCCGCCCUGCGUAUCGCUCACAGAGCUCACUCCUCAGGUUUGGUGUUGGUGACGGACGCCAUCACGGCGAUGGGUCUUCCUCCCGGUCGCCACACUCUGGGCCAGCAGGUCAUCGAGAUCCAGGGUCUCCACGCUUACGUGGCAGGCACUAAAACCCUCAGCGGCAGCAUAGCCACGAUGGACAUGUGUGUGCGGCACUUCAAACAGGCUUCAGGCUGCAGUGUAGAGGAAGCUCUGGAAGCUGCUUCCCUCCAUCCUGCUCAGCUUCUGGGUCUCAGCCACAAGAAGGGAAACCUGGACUACGGCUCAGACGCAGACCUCGUUUUGCUCGAUGAUGCCCUCAAUGUGAAAGCCACCUAUAUUUCUGGAGAGGAGGUUUGGAGGAGAGAACAGUAGAAGAAGAAGCCUGCAGAUGGAAACUGGACCAACAACUGGGACCUUCGGUGCCUUCAGGGGGACUCUGUUUCCCACAGAACCACAAAUCUGUUGAAUGUUUUAAUUCACCAGAGUUUAUCUGCAGUUGUUCUACAUCCUUUUAAAACAUUUCAGUUUUUUAAGACUGCAGUUUAGGUAUUUAUAUCAAUGCUGGCAGUGUGGCUCUACUGUGGCUCUAAUGCUGGCCUGGUUGGUCUGUCUCUCAGUGUGUUGGUCCAACAACUACUGGGUGGAUUACUAUUCAAAUUAAGUACAGAAAUAGGAUUGUUAAGUGGGAGGAGCUGCUGGUUUUUUCCCCUAUUCUUUAUUCCCAUUUCAAUUUUCCUUCAAUAAUAUCCUCAGUGUUACUUUACAAACUGUAAGGUUUACUUUCAUCCACCUGUUUAUGCACAUUUUCAAUUUGGGCAUUAAAGAAGUCAAGUGGAAACUGAAAAAAAAUGAAUCAUGUGACUUAAAUGUCACUGAAGAGCUGAAACAUCAGAUCUGUGUGGAGCGAU